CAAAACAAUUACUUCAUUAUCGCAAACAAACAAGAAAAGCAUUAGCCAAACAAAAACUAAAUUCCCUGUCGUUUGCUUCACCAUAUUCACAGAAACAUUAGUGCAUGUUUAUCAUCCCCAAAUUUUCCCAGAUUUUAUUCCCAAUUUUUUUUAUCAAAUGCAUGUUUCUUAGAAUCUCUUCUUAUAGUCAAAUGGGUCUAUCGAUUUCUCAACACCCAUAACAACUAAUGUGAGCAUGGCAAUGGAAGCUAGUGGCUCUCUUUCUUGCUUUGCCCCCUUUCUCUCUCCUCCUAUUAAAUGCAGACAGAGCUGCCUGAUAAGCUUAAGACGACGAUCCUUUGUAACUCAGCAGAACAGGAAGCACUUAACAAGUACAAAAGCAGCAAAGCUAUGGACGUGCAGGUUUGGGAAGCUUAAAUCCACAGAAGAGCUUCGGAGGAGAAAUUGUUUUCCUGUUGUAUCUGAAGAUUUCCUUCCAGAAGAUGUGAUCGAGUUGAGUGGUUCGGGGACAGAAGAGUUACCCUUAGACUUAGAUGGUAAUGUGGGUGACGAAGGCGUCUCACCUACUGUUUCAUAUGAGCACUCGGGGGGAAGUGGCGGUAAACCUGGAUUUGUCUCAUUUUAUAGUCUUCAGCGUGCGAAAGAGAAUGUAGUUCCUUCACCUAGAGAGAAAAAGAAUCAGAACAGCCUUUUAUGGUUCGCUGGCCCUGCUGUUCUUGUAGCCUCAUUCAUUCUUCCAUCUCUAUAUUUGCGCAGGAUAAUAUCUUUAAUCUUUGAAGAUUCCCUCUUGACAGGUGACAAGGAGCAACAACUACUAAUCUCUGCUAAUAUGUUGAGAUUUCCUCAUACUUUUUUUCACAGAGGCUCUCUUCUACUGCGGGGUUGCAGUUUUCUUCUUCUUAUUCACUCCCUCUGGAGCCCUGGUAACAAAGUUCCUGCUACCAGCAACUAUGGAAAGCUAACCACCCAGAUGGGACAUCGGAUUUCUUCAGUUGCUAUUCUAAUGCUCAGUCUUAUUAUUCCAAUGGUGACUAUGGGUUUUGUUUGGCCUUGGACGGGACCUGCAGCAUCUGCUGCACUAGCUCCCUACUUGGUUGGUAUUGUUGUACAGUUUGCAUUCGAGCAGUAUGCGAAGUAUACAAAGUCACCUUCUUGGCUUGUCAUUCCAGUUGUAUUUCAGGUGUAUAGAUUACAUCAACUAAAUCGAGCCACACAACUGGUAACUGCUCUAUCUUUCACUGUAAGAGGAGCUGAGAUGACUGCACACAACUUGGCCAUUAAUAAUUCCUUGGGCACUCUGUUGAGUGUCCUCCAAAUUCUUGGCCUCAUCUGCAUUUGGUCUCUCUCUAACUUUCUUAUGAGGUUUUUUCCAUCUUCCAUUUUGGAGCAAUGAGGUACCCCUGAAAUAAAGAUUUUCAAUGCAUGAUUUGAGCUUACAGCCCUGCAGCCUGUCAUUAGCUUGAAAAUGACUAGAUAUCAAUGGGGAGAAGUUGGUUCAAAAAUUUUAAAUUACAGCAUUAUGCGCAGAUCAUGCCUAAGAUUUGAGCUUAGAUAAAUUACUUGAGAUAGGAAGUAAUAGGGUUUAGUGUAUUCAUUACGACAGCUUUAUAUGCUGCUGCAUUACUCCGCCGAACACUCCAAAAUUAGAAAAAAGAGGAAAAUGAAAGGGAUUGUAACAUUGCUUAUAUAAUUACUUUGUUACAAAUGACUGGGUUUUAUACUCAACAUUAUGAAACAUACAUUCUUUAUUCUUUACCACUAAGCUUUCUGCAGGAUCAAAUUAUGGAUCUUUAUGUUCAUUUUUUCUCAUGGUGCUUCCUCAGCCUCUGAUCACCCAUAGAAGCUUCAUAUUUACCGAACUGUGAUUGUUUUUAUCACGCUUGCUGUGUGUUCAUGUUUGGAACUCCUGAUAGGCAUGUGUAGAUCUUUCUGAAGGCUCACUUGUACAUUGUACCUAAAAUUUGCUUCUCUUUAGGGAGCACUAUGAUAUGAUGAUAACAUGUAUUUCAAAGUUAGGCCUUAUGAAU